AUGGCGCAAUUCACUAUGGGCAGCUUUGCCCGCUGGUCGAGCAGCAUGCGCCAAUCUGUGGCCUCCCAAACUCGCGGCUAUGCCUCAAAAUCAGCAAUCCCAAGCUUCUCACAGACCUCCUCUCCCGAACUGGACCAGCUCCUCUACCGAUUCCGUCAAGACCGAUUCAUCCCAUCUGGACUCCCGAACCAGCAACGCCGAAACAUGUUCAAGGAGAAGCACAGGCAGCGACUAGAGGAUGAGCCUAUUACCGUGGCAAUCAGCGAGACGGAGGACUUCACAUUGCGUCCGAUGACGAUCAACGAAUUGCCAACGAAAAAGGACGCCUACGAGGUACUGCGGCUCAUUGCCGCUAACAACGAGUGGAAGGCCCUUGUGCCCUUCUUGAGUGGCCUCUACAUGUCGAAUCUAAGACUCAGCGCCAACCGGCUGGCUCAGAUUGUUCGCAAGGCCAGCGACGCAGGCAAGCUCUCUAUUAUUUUCGAAUGUAUCCGCCAGGGAACCCGCACCGGCUUCCACCUUCGCGAUCUGACGGUCGUGCAACGACUCUUCUACGACAUCCACAUUCUUGCGCAAAAUGCCGACUUCAAGGGACCUGCGGCUAUCAAGGCACUCAACAUGGCGAAGCAGGCAGUGGAUUUGAUGGAUCAAGACGCUGCGACACAGACCUCCCUCGCCAAGGCCGCGAACCCCAAGCACCAGCCCUUCGUUAUCGGCACCCUACUUGAGCUCAGCGCUGCCCGGGCAAUCAACGAAUUUGGCGGCAAGGACCAGGCGAAUGAGGUUUUGAGCUAUGCCCGCAAGUUAGUCGCAUCUUGGCCUCUGUUCCAGGAACAAAGCAAGGUGGCGGCUGAGGUUAGCUCUGCGUCGGAGCGGGCCCAGGAGGUUAUUGCUGUCUACAAUGGAUUGCGGCUGAGCCUUUCAAUUCACGGAUUGGCUUUGGACAAGGCACUGCAUGACUCUGUGACGGCAUGCCUGGCCGAGGCGAAGAGCGAGUUGGAGAAGCUUGUGGACUCGGUAGAGCCAUCUCGCGUUCAAGAAUCUGUGCGCUCCAUUCUUAAGGCAUAA